UUAAUGUAACGGUCUGUUUGAAAACCAGAGCAGAGCCGUGUGCAAAAGCAGCGCCCAUGUGGAGGGGAAGGACAGGACCGAAGUAGCAGACCGUGUGCAAACCGCGUGUGGCGCAGAGGACAGACCGACAACAACCAGGCGCCGUCUGAGGUUGUAGGAACUAGUGGAGAUGAGUAGUAAUGAGUGUUUUGGAUGCGGACGUACCGGCCACUGGAUCAAGAACUGUCCGAAUGCCGGGCGGGGACGAGGCAAGGGCCGCGGGAGGGGGAAAGAUCUGUUCUGCUAUCGCUGUGGUGAGCCUGGUCACGUCGCCAGGGACUGUGAGAGGACUGAGGAUGCGUGCUAUAACUGUGGUCGUGGAGGACACAUCUCCAGAGACUGUAAGGAGCCCAAGAAGGAGAGGGAACAGGUCUGUUAUAACUGUGGCAAGGCUGGCCAUGUGGCCCGGGACUGUGACCAUGCCAACGAGCAGAAGUGCUACUCCUGUGGAGGCUUUGGACACAUCCAGAAGGGCUGUGACAAGGUCAAGUGUUACAGGUGUGGUGAGAUCGGCCAUGUUGCCGUCCAGUGCAGCAAGGCCAGCGAAGUCAACUGCUACAACUGCGGAAAGUCUGGUCACCUGGCUAAAGAAUGCACCAUCGAGGCCACGGCCUAGCACUCUGCUGCCUUCCUAUGCCCCUCCCUUUUCACAUGGAUGGUUGUAUUAUUUUGUCUGAAUCGUCCCCUCUGGCCCACGGCAGGCUACGGAGGAUAGUCCCACACCAGUUCGCUGGAAAAGCAGGACAGGGGGUGAAACAUCCACUUUCUGCAUUUAAUCAAACAUGUUUGUUUAGUUUGGUAGAGGUUAAUGUAUAAUGCUUGUUAAAGAACCCCCUUUCCAUGCCACUGGUGACCAGGGAUGAAUGAUGAGUGGAUGCCCUCCCUACCAGGUCUGGGAAACCAGCACUUAGUGAGAGUGAGUGGGUAGGAAGUCUGAGCUUCCCAUAAAGAUUGACUUUGUUUUCGUUUUCUUGAACAAAACGGAGUCUACCUGCAAUAGAGUGACUGACGUGCGACAGCAGCCCCGGCCAGCGGUCAUUAUGCUUACGGUUCAGUCCGACGGCAGCAUGUAGGCAGGCAGGCAGACAGACAGACAGAUUGACGGUAGCAUGCAGACAGGGGGAUAACAUGCCCCAACACUGUAUGAAUACUGUGAGAGAAA